ACUAUUUAGCUAGUGCUCACAAUCUCAUUUUCACAUUAGUCGCAGCAUGACAAUGACGAAGCUUUCCUCUGUACUAGCCUUCUUCCUCCUUACUACGGCUUCCGGCUCUACGGCCGAGGAGAAUAUCCGUUCACCCCGACGACUGCAGACGUAUACGCAGCCGUCCGACUAUGUUAAUCUCAUGCUUGAACGUGUGAACUCGGAGCGUGCAGCUCAAGGACUCUCUGCCCUCUGUACGAACAGCAAACUGCAAGAAGCGGCUCAGCGCCACUCCGACGACCAAGCAGCUAACAACUUUAUGGACCACACCGGAUCCGACGGCUCACGGAUGUCAGAACGAGUCACCGAUGCAGGGUACGACUGGCGCGGUCUCGCUGAGAACGUUGCCGCUGGACAAGUCGACGUGACUGAAGUUAUGGACGCGUGGAUGAACUCCGAAGGCCAUCGCCAUAAUAUUCUUGGAGAUUACACCAUGCUGGGCACAGCGUACGCCUACACUCCUGACGGACAGUACAACCACUUUUGGACACAAGACUUCGGACGCAGCGACACCGAGCAGUGCGACGACGGCAGUACCCCUACUACGUCCACUACAAGCAACGCAAGCAGCUCCGACCAGACCUACAAUUCUGCUGAUUCAGGCGACAACACCAUGUCGGCUCCCACUCCACGAGGCUCUCGAGGAACGUCGUCGUCCUCCUUGGCAUCAACUCCAGCAGUUUCAAUAGCGAUGGCAGUUAUGCUGCUUCUAAGUGGUCAUAUCUAACAUAAAGCAACUUAAAACAGCAUAAGCGUUUCUU